CACUUCAAUUUGCAACUAUAAUGGCCGAUCCUAAAUAUGAAAAUCUACCCGGCAUUGCGUAUGAUCAGCCUGAUAUAUACGAGACGGCAGAUCUGCCGGAGGCGGACCAGCCGGAGCCAACCGAAGAGGAGGAAAACGAGUGCAUAGAGCAAUUACACCUUUCAGUAAAAGAUUCCUUUAAUAAGUUUAAGGGGAAAUUCUUGACUGGAGCCGUGGAUUUCUCGGACAGACUGAGUAGGAACUCUAGAAUUGGAUAUAGGGCUGGGGAAUGGGAGCUAGCAGCGGAGGGCGAGCCAGAGACACUCCUGGAACGCUACAACCGUCUACGUUGCGAAUUUUCUGAACUGCUGGAGCAGGUCGCUGAGCAACAGAACAGGGCUACAGAAAGUGAAAAGGAUGAAUAUUCAAAGUUGACAGCUCAAAUUGGCACUACAAAGAAGUUAUUGGAAGAACUUAAAUUAGAGGAAGGGGAACAAGUUGAUCCUAAGGCUGAAAAACUAAAAGAGUACCUGGCAAGUAGUGGCAAUAAGAAGAAGAAAGGCGAAGUGGUUACAGCACAUCUAAAACUGAAACCCGAGGUGAAUCUAGUACAGACCACAAGAAUAGCACAGCUGGAACAUAGGUUACAUAAAUUGGAACAGGCAGCUGGAGUAAGAGAUGAAGAGGCAUUCCGGAAACUACAGGCAGCUACAGGAAAGGCGACGCUGUGUGAGGCGGCGGGCGCUCUGGCGGCGCAGGCAUCGCUGCUGCGGCCGGCCGAGCUGGCUGCGGCCGACGCGCGCUUGGCUUCACUCCUCGCUAACGUCGACGCUUUGAAGCAGGCCAUUAAGCCCAACCCCGACCUUGAUGCCAAGGUGAACGAACUAUACAAGCUGUUAAAGCAAAUAGAUGGUAUAUCGCAUUCCGAAAUCCUCGAGCGCAUGGAAGCUCUAGAAGCCUUACAUAAUCAAGCAAGCAACUUUGGCAAGUCGCUGACCGAGCUAGAAACUCUACAGAGUACAAUCGCCAAUGGGGUGCAAAACAAUAAAGAACUUUUGCAAGGCGUACAGGAAGUGUUUGCACUCAAUGUUGACAGUCUACAGAAAGAAAUUAAGAAGCUGAACGAAAGGAUCACCAAGCUCGCUUCUGCGUGAGGAUAUGACUGUAUAGCUUUAUUAUCUGUUUGUAUUCAUGUUGCAAAGCUAUCUACAAAGUGUAACAAAGGUUCCUUCAAUAUUUCUGCUGGUAAUCGAAUCACUUAAUUGAUGACAUAAACUUCCCCGUUACCGUGA